AUGCGGUUCUUAGUAGUUUACGCCCUGGCGGCUUUUCUGGCCAUUUCCGUUGUAACAGCAUUUUUUCCAUCCACAGUCAGUGGAAGUGACCAAGGAAACUCUAGUGAUCAACCGGUUAUUCGACCAAUUCCCUGGUGGCCCAGAUGGGGUGGUAUCGGUCCAGUUGUUUUAAAUACAGCCCCAACCAAGGCAUCGACAUGAACCCUUUUAGAUAAACCUACUGUAUUGUUUAAAAGCAAAAGUCAAACACAUAAACACCCCCGCUUGUAAAACUUUCCACCGAGGCAAUUGUUCAAAUACCAAAAGCGUAAAUAAAGAUUUCUGGCAAAAUCUAUGAAUCGACCAAAA